GCGAUCUGAGAUGGAGAGAGAGAAAGAGACCCUGCUGUCUGAACGGGAACAAGGGAAAGAGGCUCUGCAAUCUGAGAUGGAGAGACAGAAAGAGGCUCUGCAAUCUGAGAUGAAGAGACAGAAAGCGGAAUACGAGGCAGUGAAAGAACUGGGACUCUCCAGAGCCCGAGGAUACGCAGUGGACGUGACUUUGGAUCCUGACACAGCUCAUCCCAACCUCGACCUGUCUAAGGAUCGGAAACAUGUGAGCCACGGAGCCUGGGAUCCAUCCAACAAGUCUGAGGGAGCUGAACAUGAUAUCUGGGUCCUGGGCGCUGAGGGGUUCAUAGGUGGGAGGCAUUACUGGGAGGUGGAGGUGGAAGGCAAGAUAGGCUGGUACCUGGGGGUUUGUAGGGAAUCUGUGAGCAGGAAGCGGAAGGUCACACUCACACCUGAGGAUGGAUACUGGGUUGUGUGGCUGAGGGGUGGGGUCUACCAGGCCCUCACCUCCCCCCCGACCUCCCUCCCCAUGAGCAUCAAACCCAGCCGGGUGGGGAUUUUCCUGGACUAUGAGGCGGGCGAGGUCUCGUUUUACAAUGUGACUGACAGGUCCCGUCUCUUCACUUUCACUGACACCUUCUCCAGGAGGCUCUGCCCUUAUUUCAGUCCUGGUUACUAUGUUUGGGGUACAAACGCGGCUCCCCUGAAAAUCUGCCCGGUCCCAGCUCAGGCCAGAGGGAAUCUCUCUACCUGACAGUGACUGCGCAGCACAGACUGGCCCCUCCCAGCGCUGCUGCUCUUUCCGCCCCCAGUGGUGGGGGCCAGUUACUCCAGCAACUGGACUUUUUGUGCUGACCACAUGCUGCCAGUUUCCCUUUUCAACUGGAGGUUCCAGUUGAGAACCGGACACCUGGCAACCCCCAGCCCAUCCUGGAUGAAUGGGACCCACUUGCUGAAAGGAGCAAGACAGAUUCCCCCCUCCCCUUGUGUUUGCUCCAUCCCUGGCACAGGGUGAUGCUGGUAAGAAAUACUGCCAGAAAGCUGGUGGUUUUUGCUGCCCUCACCUUUCCCCGCCCCCUGCCCAGGGGUAGCAGAUGGUGACGGACAGGGAUCAUUCACUCCUGUCAGAAUAUUCUACCCCUGUGAAAUCUCAGUGUAAAAUAUGAAAGAAAAAGAUUAUUCUAAAUUAGAAACUGUUAUUAUUGUCACAAGGUGUAAAUACAAGAACAUUUUCAUUUACAUUUCAACAUUUCAAAAACAAGCAUCUAAACAUAUUUUUAGAAAUGGAAUCAUUUACAUUUAUUUUUUAAAUUUUUCCCUCAAAUCUAUAUUGAAGUUUAACUUCUCUAAAUAAUGUUAUUUGUAUUUCAGCUGUGGAAUUUCAAGAAAUCCAAAAUAUUUAUCUUAACAAAAACAAUUAAUAAAUUGUUAGACUGGGUUGUUCAGUUACAAUGUACAGGUGUCAUAAACAUCACAACUACACAUGUGCAGCUGCUCUCACUCACUUUGCCUCUAUUUAUUGUCUUGACUGGUUCUGUCUGGCAGGCAGGGCUCAUACACCUACACCUUUGACACACAUACGUGCACUACACCUUUGACAAUUAAUUUAUGAAAAAAUUAUAGAAUUAAUUAAGGAGUAUAUUUAACUCACACAAGAUUAUAAAAUAGUCUUUGAACUUCUGUUAGUAUUAAUUCAUGUGAUUUUUUAACUUUCAAGCUUCAUAUAAUUGGUAAUCAAGAUAUGACUCUUCCUUUCUUGUUCUCACAUCAAUUAAGAAAACACGGUCCCCAACCUCAAACGCUAUCUUCCUGUAGAUAGAAAUCUCUUCUACAAUAUCCUUUUCUUAGUUUAUUUUUCUUUAGAAAUAUGAUUUGCAGCCAAUGUACUGUGAGCAUCCACUGUUGAUUUCAAUGUACUGCUGGGCUCUUCAUGUUCUUGGUUCUAAGGAUGAAACAAAUAUAUUUUGGUAAAGAAACAGAGACGGGGUUGUAUUCCUUUACUGAAUCAUCAUACAUUAAGUUAAUUGUAUUAAGGACACUGGCACUUGAUGACACAUAACGUGAAAUUUGGUGAUGCUUUAUUAGGAAACCUUUCUUCUUGGCCAUAAAUCAGUCGAAAGGGUGACAUUUUGUUGUCAUGUGAGGUUUAGAGUAUAAAGAAAAUAAAGUUGCUCCAGGAAAUUCAUCUCAGUUCCUCUGGGUUCUGUCCACCAUCUUCAGGAAUGCUCUGUAAAAAUAGUGACAUUGAUCUAAUUCCUUCAAAUUAGCCAUUGAACCUAAUUUCUUCAAGAGCUAGCUGAGCAGAGUAUGAGGGGAGGCACAUCACGUGGCAUUGCUAGGACUACUUUUUGUUUUAAACGUGAUGUGUUAUGAACAUUUUCAAUGUAAUAUUUCAGUUUUGAAAAUGUAUUCACAAUAUGCCAUUCAUGUCAGAGUGCCCUAAACUUACUUUGAUUAUUUGAAAAUAAACACCCUACAGUUAUCUU